UAACGCCACCGGGUCACGUGACCGUUUGUUGUUGGAAACCGUUUGUGAUCGAGCCACGCUGCUGGGUCUAGGUUUUUGUGAACCUGGAGCUCAUGAGCAGAGACAUGGCUUCACAUCAGUGUGGAGGUGAGAGGAGGAACCCGCUGCUGUCAGCCUUUGAGCAGGAGCUGAACUCCUUCAUGACUCUGAUGAGACGAGUCUGCGGUCCUUCAUACGGACAAACGGACAGAAAUGGAUUUUACUCCAGAGGGAUUAAAACCCUAGUGGACAUUUGGGGAAAGUACAAACAUCGACUGCCGUCUAAGUUGUACCAGGAGCGGAUGCUGCAGGUUGCCGACUUUCUCUUUGGAAUCAAGCUGUAUGAGGUGGCUCUGUGGCAGGGCUACAGUGUCCACCUGCAGCAGUACACUUCAGUCCAGAUCACAGAGGUCUCCAGUGUGGACCACUUCAGGACCUGCUUCUUUCCUGGGGGGUUGGAUGAGGACCAGGAGGAGUUGGUGCUGAAGGUGCGGGCCAUGCACGGCUGUGCUCUGUGUAUAUUUGAGAUGGAGACCAGACAUGACGUCCUCACUCAGGACACACUGUGUAAACUGCUGCGUGUGUUGAACUUCAUCAGGAUCACCAUGCAGGCUUUUCAGCAACAUGAGCGCCUCUGCUGGAUAUUAUAUAACGGUUCCCUCCACAUCUACACCAUCUGUCGUCACCUGAUGACUAAGAACUGCAGCUCACAGGCUCUGGAGUACCUUCUGUGGGCCAGCAUCAGUUUGGAACUCUCCAUCCCCCUGAUGACGGUGGACAACCUGUCGUGGAUCGUCACGCUCUACUGUGCAGUCUGUCAGUGUUAUUACCGCACUCAGGCGUCAGCGCAGGGGGAGGAAUUUGCCCGGAGAGCCCUGGGCAAAAUCAAGGAGCUGGCAAAUCUAGAGGAGCAGAGUGGAGUUCCUACCACCAGGGGGACCCAGAGAGCUUUUAAAGAAGCUUCCAUCAAGCUCGGUGCCAUGGUCUUCAAACGGGCAGUGUUUGAUACCAAACCAAGACCUAAAGCUGUGGUCAGAGCCAAACCCAGACUCCAGCUGAAGGACACGUACCAUGUGUCGUGGCCCCGCUCUCCAACAGAGCACCUCCUGGUGGCUCUGUUUGACAACAGCGCAGCGCAGUUUUUAGGAAUCUUGGAAGCACUCUGGGACCGAACCAAGACACCAGAUGAUGCAGAGCAGCAGGAGGUGAUCCUGGAACUGAUGUCGGCAGGAGUCAGCAUCUUGUCUGGAGUCGGGACUAAUCCUGGAAAAGGAGGUGAAGCUCCAUCAGAAGUGCGUCUCAGGACACUGACACCGACCUCCUCUCUCAUCGACUUGGCCGUUCAAGGGGAGAACAAAGUGUCGGUUCCGUCUGCACUCAGGUUCAUGAGGCUGUUACUUCACUACAAGAAGACAGAGUGGUUCACUGCCCUGAGCAGAGAGAUGCUGCAGGGUGUUGAAUGGCAGCUGUUCAGAAAGGCAGAGAAUGAACUUUCUUUACUGGACAGUUACAACAGACUGCUGUCGUCACAGAGUCGUCCGAAAGACAACGUCGCCACAGAAGAAAAGCCCAAGUCUUCAUCAUCCUCAUCCUCAUCAUCCUCAGUCCAUGACGAGUUCAUUCGUCUGGUGGAGACUCUGCACAAGUGUGUGUGUGGCACGCCCCCUGAGGAGCAGCCGGACCAGGACCUGGUUCUGGAGGUGGUUUUAGUUCUCUGGGCUAAAAUGAAGACGGUUCUAAAGGCCGAGAACCUGCAGAACUCAGAGAACUUUGACAAGUAUGACAAGUGGCUGUGGUGUUUGUCCAGGGUGUGUGACGUGGCCUCCUGCUGUCGUCUGGACUCUUCAGUCUGUACGACAGUCACUCAGAUGAUACACACCCUGGUCCAGUGGUUGGAGGCAGCGGCUGAACACGCUCACCUGACACACCAGGUGACCCGGUCAUCAGCAGAUGCUGAUGGAGGAACCAGGAGUUCUUCUUCUUCUUCUGUUUUAGGGAGUUCCAGCUCUGAGUUGCUGCAGAAGGUGUGUGAGUUGACCAGGAGGGGGGCGGGGGCUCUGACUGAGGCUGUGACCGCAUCACUUCCUCUGAGCAGCCAACCAAUCACAGACGCUGCCUUCAUUCAGAAAUUCUGCCCUCGUCCUCCGUCGUCUCCUCCAUCGUCACCAUCAGAAGAUGUGACUGGAGAUGAUGGAACGUGUACUGACCAGAAGGAACGUCCAGGAGCGGAUGUUGGAGGUUCUGGACUCCAACUGUCCUCAGGUGUUCCUCUGCAGCUCUCAGAUCUUCAUCUGGAGUUCCUCAUCAUUCACCACAGAGCGUCAGUGAAGUUACUGCAGCUGAAGGAAGUGACUGAGUCUGAACUCCUGGGUCACAUCAACAAGAACAAAGUCUCCAGAUCUUUGUUCCUGAUCCAGAAAUCACUGCUGAUGUUCAACAGCACAGAGACAAAGAACAACAGAAAAGUCAAGAGUCUGCUGGAGGAGGCCGUCGCUCUGAUGGAAAAAGCAGAAGUGGAGGAGAAACGUCUGUAUUUGUCCACUGUCUCCAGACCUCCAGCUGAGAACACAGCUAAAGAAAUGAAGGGUGGAGAAGAGAGGCCCCCACCUCCUCCUCCUCCUCCUCCUCCGGUCCUCCUGUCACGGACUGAUCACUCCUUCACGUUCUCUCCGGCUCCGUACGAGUUUGACCAGCAGGUUUGCUGGUACCAGCUCUGUGGCCGUGCAGCUGAAGGCAUCAACCACAAAGUCCGUCUGGGAGACUGCAGUCUGUCUGGAACUGGACACAUGGUCCCAGCAGCACCUGGUGCGGGCUGUGUCCUCAGAGUGGACCACCUGGAACCCAACCAGAAGUACAUCUUUGCUGUGGCCGCCUACAGCAGUGAGGGGAAACUACUGGGCAACGCCAUUGGUCGGACCACCUUCCCACUGUUGGCGUCAGCACCAGUGCAGCUGUUGUCCACGUGGGCUCACCUGGCCCAGGCGGCUUUUCAAACGCAGCAUUAUUCCAUCGCAAAGAGAGCCUGUAGGGAACUGUGGAGCCACUACAGCUGCCCUGGAGAGGAGGUCAGGAGGUCGGAGCACCUCCAUCACCACACCAGCUCCAUCAGCAGCUACAGACUGAACACCAGGACGCUCCGUCACUCCUCUCCUCACCUCUGCCACCUCCUCCUCACCUCCGUCUUCAUCCAGACACAGAUCAACAUUCAACAGGGGGCGCUGUUCUGUGACUCCUUCAGUGGAGGCGGACUGUUCAUCUGGGGGACCGGGUGACUGUCUGAAGCCCGGUUAUCAGAAUGUGGACGUCUGCUGUUGGCCGUGGACCUGGCCCAGAGACUGGAGGAUGGUGCUGCGGUGGUGCAGGCCCUGGUCUUCUGUUAUGGUCUUCUGGCUCCUCUGGUUUUUCACCAGGUCCCCUGUAAACCUGUGAUACAGGUGCUGAAGAAAUGUUUGCUGGUUCUGGAGGAGAACUCUGCUCUUCUCAAACAGAAGUGGAGCAGAAACAUCUCCGAGUCCAUGCUGCACAUGGUCGCCUGCAUCACCUUCUACAUCUCCAAGACGUCAGGUCUUCUGGGAGAGAACCACUGGGCUCUGACCGGGUUGAACUGCGGUCGCCGCCUCCUCAAGGAGCUGUACGAGAAUCAGACGCAGAUCAGAGGAACAAGCAGAGACGCUAGUUCCGAGGCUGCAGCAGCCAGGACUGAACAGAAGCUCCGUCUCCAGCUGAAGGCCCUGCAGCUCAGGACCAGGAGGAGAACUUUGUCCAACACUGGAGUCCACAAAGACAAGGAGGUCACACGUCCACUGACGGGCAGCGAGGAUCCGUCUGUGCUGUACGACCUGAUGUACAGCACGACAGUGGACGACGCCUACGACGCCGUGAUGGAACUCAAGCUCAAACCAUGUUUCAGUGAAUAUGCAGCACUGGUUCUUCAGAGAACCCUGGAGGAAGGAGAACCCGACCUCGUGGUGAAGUGGGCACCGACCGUUUUUGAAUUCAUUUCCAGACGUGACACUGCGUUGAUGAACUCCGUCAAACAUUUGGACCAAAAACGUAACGUUCCACAGGAGCUGUCCAAGAACAACUUACAAACAGACGACGACAAAAAGAAGAAGAAAAAACAGAAAAUCCCAGUCAGUCUGUUCUGCAGCGCAAUGACAACCAACAAGGAGGUGGUGAAGAAACUCUUGGCUCUCCUGUCCUCUGCGGUUCGGCGCAGGAAGACGCAGCGACGGCUGAGGGACUCGUUCAUGGUGGAGUGUGCGUGGAAGUCACACCUGAACUUCAGCGUGGCUCAGGCUCACGUCACACUGUUACAUCAGAGUCUGAAGAAGCAGAACGGAGGAGCCACGCAGCACAGGUACAGUCAGAUAGAUCCACUGUUGUUCUCCCUGGACCACUCCUGUGUCGGGCUGAGCAGGAACACACAGCAGGAACAGCAGCUCCGUCAACAUGAGAUCCUGUCAGAGACGUCGUCGUCUCAUGAUCUGAGGAACCAGGUGGAUUCACAGGAACAUCAGCAGAACAAUGACGGAGCAGCCGGUGGUGGAGGUGGAACCUCAGGAUCUCUGGAGGAGCAGUCUCCUCAGAUGAACAGUGACUCUGUCUCCACGGUGUUGGACUCACUCCACAAAGCUGCCCGUCAUUUCCAGAGGGCCAUGGUGUUGGCUCAUCGCGGCGGCCACUGGAUGGCGCUGCAGUGUGUGUGUCAGACGCUGUGGGAGCAGAUGCGUCGACUUCAGUCAGACGUUCUCCUCCACCUUCACUGUCCCAUCACUGAAGAGCAGCUGCAGACCACCUUCACACACACACUGUCCAUGGCCACGGAGCUCAUCAUGGACAUGAUGGACCAACUGGGCCUGUGGAGUUUUUAUGACGGUGACCUGACUGCAGACCCAGAGUCCAGUCUUCAGUUCUCGGCUCCUCUGGACCACAGCCCGGUGGACCUGAGGUGGGUCCGGACCCUGGUGUUUGACACCCUGCAGCUGCUGCGGGAUUCUGGGAAAUGGGAACGUCUGACUCACUGCGCUCUACUCUUCAACUGGUACACACGGGAACACUACAGCUGGAUUAUAAUCCCUCUUCUAGUCCAGGCUCAGAAGAAGUUGCUGAAGAGGAUCAGUGACCAGGGAGGGCCUGCGGUCCCACAGCCGCACCACGUGAUGACAGAGAGGGUCACUGGACAAAAGGUAGAACACACACACACACACACACACACACACACACUCUGCUCCUCUCUCUCCUCUGUGUUCCAGGUGACCUGUAGGAACUACGCCAGCUGCCAGCUGCUCAUUGGUCGGAGCCCCCACAAUGCACUGCAACUCCCCAAUCACAGACCCACGAACUCUACACGUCAGGAAGCAUCUGAGCUGAAAGGUGCAGAGAGACGGCGCUCCAUGUCCCUGGUGUGUGUUCCUCUGGACGUGAAGGACACACUGGAGACUCACCGUCAAGUGUUGGAGAGAAGUUGUCCGUGUCUGCAGAGCCUCCGUCACUGCCGCUCUCUGACCACGCUGUUCCUGGCACGGACGCAGGGUUCCUCUGCGCAGCAGUUGCAGCGCCACCACUCUGCAAGCCUGAUGAACUGCAGCGUCAUUCCCACUGCAAACGGCCGCCACGCCGACCUGACGGAGGACCUGAAGGAGGACACAGACCCUGUGGACCUCCCUGUGGAGGAGGUGUCCCUGACCACCAUCACUGCUGCCUACUCUGCUACUAUCAAGUCUCUCCAGACCCACAGUCUUGACUCCCUCACGGUCCAGGCUCUGCAUGAACUGGGAAACCUGCACAUGUACAACAGAAACCUGAGAGCCGCUCUCUCCUGCUGGAGUAAAGCCGUCGACUGCGCUCUGAGCUGCUCCGGGGCCGUGGACCAAUGGGACGGGGUCUCACGGGGCAGCGGCUGGACGCAGCAGAGGGUGAGACAGGCCGGAGUGUGGGGGUGUCUGCAGGCCGCCGGCCUCGCCGCUAAGAUGGCACAGUUCAUCUUCACCUCCAACAUCAGACAGAGGACCAGCUGCUGUCUUCUCUCCGCUCAUCUCUUCAAGUGUGUUCUGUGCUGCUCACUGGCCCACCCCCCCCACGACCUCGCCUACGCCUCCUUCAGGAUCGUAGGGGAACUCCUCCCAGGGGUGGAUCUGUUCUCUGAGCCCCGGCGUCUUCACCUCGGUACCACUGUGGGCGCUCUUCACUUCCUGUGUCACUGGCUCUACUCCACUGGCUACUGCGUCCAGGUUCUGCCCAUGUUGGUUCUGUACCUGUACUUUGUGGGAACCGUGUGUCGAGACCUGCAGCGCUACGUGGAAGGAAAAAUACUUCAGAUCCGUGUUCUGACUGAUCUGUGUCUCUUCACUGAGGCUGUGAAGGAGUCGGUGCAGCUGACCCGAGGAGUCGGACUCUCUCUGACCAGUGGACCAAACGUUCACACCGACCAGCACCAGCAGCUGAAGACGUUUUACAGCAACAAGUGUCUCCAGGACAACAGAGAGGCUUUAGAAGAACUCCUGGACGCUGACCUCACCCCACGGGUCAGAACCCUGUUUGGACCAACACUGUGUAUCCGACACCACCUGGCCCGAGUUGAACUGGUCCUGGCCCUGGUCCACAGUCAGUCCCAGUCUUCAGGUCCAGGUCCAGGUCCAGGUCCAGGUCCAGAACGAAGGUCUGGGAAGAGAAGAAGUGGUUCAGACCAGAACCAGGACCAGAACCAGGACCAGAACCAGGACCAGAACCAGGACCAGACUCCAGGAGGAGUGACGUGCCUUCUGAUGGAUAGCGCCUCCCGCUGGUUGUCUUCUUUAUCUGAGGAACUCAGGUCUUUGAGCUGCAGUGAAGCUGAGAAGUUGGAGCUGGAAACAGAGUCCAGUCUCCUGAAGGUCGCCCUCUACCUGCAGCAAGGGCACAUCGUCCAGAGGGAGUGUGUGUGUGUGUUUGUCAUCUUCCUUUUCUCCUCCUCCAGUUGUCAGACAGCAGCUUCCUCCCUGACGCUCCUGCAGACGUCUCCUUCAGUCACCAGAUCUCCUCCUCCUGAGGACACACAGGUGCUGUGUCACACUGACCACCACACAAAUCAUGUGACAGUGAUAGACACUGUGGACUCCACUGUCCCACAUGAAGACUGUCCCCGAGCUGCCGAGGCCGCUGACAGACUGGGCGUCUGUCUGUGGCUGCGCUGUCGUCGGGCCCUGGUCCACAGUUUGGUUUCCUUCUGUGCCACAGGUCCACGUGUCCCAGGUAAAAACAUGAACGAGGAGACAGCGAGGGUGAUACAGGAGGGAGUCCAGGAGUCUGGUCAGUGGGACGACCCCAACACUCGAGCGUUUCUAUUGGUCGAAGCUGCAGAGCUGACAGAACAGAGAGGAAGUUCAGAAGAGAGCGUUGAGAUGCUGCAGGAUGCAGUGAGUCUUCUGUCCAGUCAGAACUCUGUACCACCACAGUCCAGUUUGACCUUGGCCCGGGCCACACUGAGGCUCAGUGACCUGAAGAGAGGUCAGAGGAGCAGACUUCUUCAGCUGACACAGAAACUGGUGAAGAAGCAGCUGUGUGCGUUUGGUGAGACUGUGGUGAUGGAGGACGGAGACGUGACCUUUUCUCCUCCUGGACCCAAAAACAUCUACCUCCCGUUCCUCCACGUUCUGGAACAGAUCAAUAUGAAAAUGGGUAAAAGAUGAAAGAGGAACAGUUUUGGUUUAUGAACCCACUGUCGGCAUCAACAUCCUGUCCUCACAGGUCUAACCCAGAGGAGAUGAUCUGAGAACAAACUCUUCAGCAGCCAUAAAAAUAUAUGUAUAUAUAUCUAUAUGUGGGAAUUUAAUUAUGUUGUUAUAUUAAUUUAUUAUUCCAUCUGCUCUGAUUUUUUACAGAUUAUUUUUAUUAAUUUAAUUAGGAAAAUGUUAAAAAAUAAAUUUUAUUUAGCACCACCUUUGUUGUAAAGUGACAUUAAAUGACGAUCAUCAA